AUGUCCUCUCCACCGCCCAUAAUCCCAAAAUCCCUCCCCCCAAACGCAAAAAUAGCCCUCAUCUCCCCCUCCUUCCGCGUAAACACCCUCGUCCCAACCGCCCUCGCCCGCGCCCAAAGCCUCCUCGCCUCCCUAGGCUACACCGUCACCACAAUAUUCCACCCCCACGACGAAGACCUCGACCCCGUCCUCUCCGCCGGCGAACCCAUCCCCGCCGGCAUCCGCAACCGCCUCGCCGAGCUCCGCGCCGCCUUCGCCGACCCCACCGUAGACAUGGUCCUCUGCACCGUCGGCGGCUCAACAGCAACAGAACUCAUCCCCUACCUCGUGGCAGACGUCGACCUCCAGAACCUCAUCAGGGAGAACCCCAAAAUCUUUGUGGGCUACUCCGACAUCACCGUCCUCCACUGGUCCCUCCGCGCCCUCACCGGCCUCCGCACCUUUUACGGCCCCUGCGCCGUCUCGGAACUCGGCGAGGCCGUCACCUCCACACCUGCCUCUGUCGCCUCGUUCGACUUCUUCCGUGAACAAGAUGACCACCACCGCCCGGAGCUCAACAAGACAGAAGACGACGGCUACCUCCAAGACUUCCACCUCGCCCACCUCCUCCAGACUCUAAGUACCCCAACCACAACUCCCAACCCAAUCCCCCGCUCAACCUACUACGCCCCCAUCACAUGCCCCUACUUCCUCUCCCCCUCAACCCGCGCCUCAACCACGCCCCGAACCCUCCUCCCCUCCCCGCCUUGGACCUGGCUCCGACGAGGUCCCCGCACACAAGGCCGCCUAUUCGGCGGCUGCCUAACAGUCGUAGCCCGCAUCCAGGGCAUCGCGCACAUAUCCCCCCCGACCUGGAAGGAUAAGAUCAUGUUCCUCGAGUCCGCGACUGCCGAGGCCGACAUGACAAAAGGGAACCCGCUCGCCAGGAUCCGGUCCGCCUUCGCGGAUCUGGCAGCGCGCGGAGUCUUUGACGAGAUUGCGGGGCUCGUCGUCGGUCGAGCCUACGGGUACAACACGGAGCGGGAGAGGGCCGAGUACGCGGCCGUGAUACAGGGUCUCUUGUGUAAGGGCCGGCUAGGGGCGAGCACCAGUUUCCCAAUCUUGAUGAAUGUCGACAUUGGACAUACCGCGCCCAUCGUGACGCUACCGAUGGACGCGUUGGCGGUUCUAGACUCGGAAAAGGAUGAGUUUUCCAUCGCGGAGGCUGUGGUGGUCUGA